AUGGGUGCAGGUAUGGAAAUGUUGGAGAAACGCAAUAAAAUUAUUCUCUUGGCCGACUCCUUGGAGCAUGGGUGGAAGACGGUCAGGGAGUACGAAUCUAAUCCGCUAGCUGAGGACAGUGACGAUGAGCAGAAAAUUCUUAAGGCGGAACUUCGUGCGGGACGGAAGCUCAAGGCUGCUGCUGGCGCAAAACGUGGCGGGCGUGGCGGCCGGCGUUACGGCGGAAUGAGGAUGACCCCCUACAAUGUUUACAGCGCCCCCGGCGGAUUCAGCGGAGGAGCGACGGCACCGAGUCAGGCAGCGGUUGCCCCAGUGUUCCAGCCGCAGCGUGGUGGCAUCAAGGGAGCGUGCUUCUCUUGCGGUGCUACGACCCAUUGGAAGGCGAAAAGUCCAACGAUGGCUCAAGGUCGGGCGAAUGCGGCGGACCUCCACAGGAGAAUGAUGGCGGGAGCCGCCCUGGCCUCAACGCAUCCUGACGUUUCGUCCCCCGUAGGCAGGUUGAGGUCUUCCAGGUCAUUCUGGGAAUCUGCGGGGGCGUCUCAGUUCAUCCUGGACGUUAUUGAUGUGGGGUAUCAGUUGCCUUUUUACAUGUGUCCAGCUGCGUGUCACUUGGCAAAUAAUCGUUCAGCAUUGGUUAAUGCUGUUUUUGUGGAGGAAGAGAUUGCCAAACUAUACAGGUUGGGGUGCAUUUCUGUCUGCGAAGAACCUCCGUUAGUCGUUAAUCCCCUUUCUGUGGCUGUCAAUGCCAAGGAUAAGAAGAGGUUAAUUCUGGAUCUCAGAUAUGUUAAUAUGCAUCUCUUGAGGGAACAUUUCAAAAUGGAGGACAUGCUGGUCGGAAAACAACUUUUCGAUUCCAAUGAGUUGCUAUUCGUCUUUGAUAUCCAGAAGUAUUAA